AUGAACGGUGACACCUAUUCUUCCAGAGGUACCGACCCCAUGCCUGUGGAUGCGACUGGAGCUUCCGCUAACUCGAGAUCAGAUUCUGGGCGCUCGCGCGAUCACUUUCGCGACGAGCGACGGGAGCGCGACAGAGGCGAAAGAAGACGGUCACGGUCUCCUCACCACGGACGGGGGUCGCGUCGAGAACAGGAACAGAAUUCAUAUUCGUCCAGCCGUGACUACCGUGCCAGAGAACGCGAAGACCGCUACUCCAGCCGCAGAGAUGACCGGGAAUGGGAUCGAGGAGACCGAGGAGAUCGUGGUGGUGACCGUGGUGAUCGUGGCGGUGGUGAUCGUGGUGGUGGUGAUCGUGGAGGUGGUGAUCGUGGAGACCGCCGACGCCGGGAUUUCGAUGACAGGCCUCCUCGACGGGAUUUGUUCGAGGACCGUCCUCGGCGCGGUGACCGCGGCGGCGACCGAUUUGACCGUGGCGACCGCGGCGACCGCGAUCGAGGAGGAGACAGGCGGGAGCGCAGGAGAAGCGCCACACCCCCACGGAAGAAGGAACCGACCCCCGAUCUGACAGAUAUUCCUUCGAUCCUGGAGCGGAAACGUCGCCUGACCCAGUGGGACAUCAAGCCCCCGGGCUACGAGAAUGUAACUGCGGAGCAAGCGAAGCUUUCGGGAAUGUUCCCUCUCCCUGGUGCACCCCGACAGCAGCCCAUGGAUCCCAGCCGUCUGCAGGCGUUUAUGAACCAGCCCGGUGGCUCGGCGGACAACUCGGCUCUCCGGCCUUCCAACUCACGCCAAUCCAAGCGUCUCUUUGUGUACAACAUCCCGUCUGGCGUGACAGGGGAUAGUUUGGCAUCCUUCUUCAAUCUCCAGCUGAACGGCCUCAAUGUUAUCGAAAGUGUCGACCCAUGCAUCUCGGCUCAGGUGUCCGAGGACCACUCCUUCGCGCUCCUGGAGUUUAAGUCGCCCAAUGACGCGACAGUUGCGCUGGCCUUUGACGGCAUCACCAUGUCGGAGCAUGAAGGCGACGAUGGCAAAGGAUUCGAAGUACGACGACCAAAGGAUUACAUCGUCCCCAAUGGAAGUGCCGAGCAAGAAUACCAGGAGGGCACACUGCUGAACGAGGUUCCGGACUCGCCGAACAAGAUUUGCGUCUCGAACAUUCCGGCGUAUAUCCCGGAGGAACCCGUCACGAUGCUGCUUAAGUCCUUUGGCGAGCUGAAAUCUUUUGUCUUGGUGAAGGAUGCUUCUACGGAAGAGUCGAGAGGAAUUGCUUUUUGCGAGUAUGUUGAUCCGACUGCCACCUCUAUCGCCGUCGAGGGAUUGAAUGGCAUGGAAUUGGGUGACCGUCACCUCAAGGUCGUGCGCGCCAGUAUUGGAACCACCCAGGCCGCCGGCCUGGACAUGGGUGUCAAUGCCAUGUCCAUGUUUGCCAAGACCACAUCCCAGGACCUCGAGAGCAGCCGAGUGCUGCAGCUUCUGAACAUGGUUACUGCUGAAGAACUGAUGGAUCCCGAGGACUACGACGAAAUCUGUGACGAUGUCCGUGAGGAGUGCUCCAAGUAUGGCCGCAUCUUGAGCCUGAAGAUCCCCCGUCCAUCAGGCGGCAGCAAGCAGUCGGCCGGUGUGGGCAAGAUCUUUGUCAAGUUCGAGACCGUCGAGGGAGCCACCAAUGCUUUGAAGGCGCUGGCGGGACGGAAAUUCUCUGACCGCACGGUAGUGACCACCUACUAUGGGGAGGAAAACUUUGACGUGGACGCUUGGUAA